UUAGGCUCGUAGGGUGCAGUGCAGCCGUGGCAGUGACACUUGCCUGCCCUACGAUGCUCGGCACCCUGUCGCACCACGAGCAGCGGCCGUCACUCCGCCGGUGAACUGUCAACCUGAACACCACACCACUACCACCACCACCAGACAUGGCUAGCGAGAAGAUCUUGCCCGUGCAGCUGUACGGCACGUCCUCUCUCUGCUUUGACAAGGACGACUUCAUGAAGGAUGACUUCUCAGUGGAUGCCUUUGUGCGGGUGCAGCAGGCGGCAGGGGGUUCAGGGCUGGAGGUGCUGCGAGACCACCUGGGGGUGUACCUCAAGAUCCUGCGCAGCGCCAUGAUAGAGCUCAUCAACAGGGACUACGCAGACUUUGUUAACCUGUCCACCAACCUGACGGGCCUCGACAGACUCAUUGAGGCCCUCAAGACUCCCCUGGGCCAGCUGAGGGAGGAGGUGCUGAGUGUGGAGCGGCUGUUGAGUGAGGCCAUCGCCACCACCUCCCGUGACCUGGAGCAGCGCAACAAGCUGACACAACAGAAGGCCCUGCUGCACCGCCUAUCCCCAGAUUGCCAACAGACUAGAGCGCCUGGAGGAACUGCUGAAGGGCGGAAGGGCUACGUGGGGGGGGGCCUGGUGGAUCGUCUGGCAGCGGAGGUGGACCAUCUCAACUUCCUGGUGUCCCACUGUGAAGGAGCUGCCCUGCUGGAUGUCUUCAGGCCGAGGGUCGCUGAGGUGUGCCGGCUGGUGGAGGGGGGCCUGGAGCGGGGCCUGAGGGAGGGAGUGCUGAACCGCGACCUGUCCCUCCUGCAGCAGACACUCCGCACCCACGCCAGCCUUGGCUCCACAGCACACGCCCACCGCCUCGUCCGCACCCUCAUCAGGAAGGAGGUGCAGGAGGUAAUUAGCGAGGGGGCCCUUAGGAGCAACCCAAGGGGACUGCCUGGUCUAUAUGCCAACACUCUUGCUGUCAUAAACUCCGUCUGCCAACCUCUGCUAACUCUGACAACGGGUCGCAGGCCGGAUGUGGUGCGUGGCUACAGCUUCCUGGAGUGCUCUGCCUGGCCAGAGGUUGUGUCGGCCCUGCACACCAAUGUCAAUGGAAUAUUCAACCCCGGCAAUCCUGCAGUGUUCCACAAGCGUUAUCUGGAGACGCUGGACUUUUUGGACAGCUUUGAGGCUCUGCUGGGGUCACGGGCCAAGGUCGCUGCCUUCAGGGAGAUGGAUGACUAUAAUAACUUCAUGCAGCUCUGGAACCUCCCUGUGUACUUCCAGAUUAGGUACCAAGAAAUCGGGCAAGCAGUGGAAGCCUCUCUGAUCCACAAUGGUGACGGACUGACCCCCUGCACCUCUGCCCUGCCCUCCGGCCUGGCCCCCACACCUGCCUCCACCCGCUUCCACCUGGCCUCCACCUGCACUGUCUGGGAGGCGGUGGUGCGGUGUUUCUCCACUGAGGUCUUCCUGCUUCCACUCCUCCACCGGUUCUGGAAACUCACGCUGUUGGUUCUCGCUCGUUACCGCACCUGGGUCGUUGCCACCACCGCCAGGCUUAAGGACCCCACCUUGAGCCCCCAGCCCCAGAGGAAGCUAGAGGGACUCCCUGGCAGCAGACCCAGUGGUAGCAGGCCCCAGGAUGCCCCCAGCUCCUUAGAAAAGGCCUCACACAGCAGAUCAAGCAGUCUGGACAAGAAUUUCACCACCACCAACACCACUACCACCACCAGCACCACUAGCACCACCAGCAGCAGUGCCAGCAGCAGGGAGGCAGCGGUGGGGCUGGUGAGAGAUGUGGUGCUGCUGUCAUCACAGCUGCUGCCAGACCUGUACACCAACACCAUCCUGCCUGUCGUGCCACACCUGCCCCAGGACAAACUGGCGCUGCUCAGAGGACCUCAGCGACACCAUCACCGACAGCCUGGUCACUGCCGCUGCUGCCCCCUCCGGCAGGUUGCAGACACCCCCCGCCUCUACCGCAGGACCAACCGUGCCCCUCCCUCCUCCCACCAGCCCUACAUCGCCUCUGCCGCUGCCAUCCUCACCAGCUUUGCCGAGGAAUGCCGGGGAAAGGUGGAUGAGGCUCUGGUGGUGCACUGGUUGACGAGGGCUGCCGGCCAGGUGUCCCAGAGGUAUCGCGGCCUGACUUAUGAGGUGCUGAGUUCGGCGCACAAGAUGGAGGAGUCCCUGAAGAGGCUGAAGAGGGCACGGGACCGGGGCAGUGGGGGGGCAGAGGGGGCCACGGCAGGGCUGUCCGACCAUGAUAAAAUUAGGACACAGAUCUGCCUUGAUGUGGAAUAUUUUGGAGAACAGCUGCGUGGCCUCUCGGUGGAUGUGCAUGGCGUGGACUCCUUCUCUGCGCUGCUCACCAUGGUGCAGCAGGCCAGGGAUGGCUCCUUCGUGCCCUAGAGGUGCUGCUGCUGUGCUGUGUGUGUGUGUGUGUGUGUGUGUGUGUGUGUGUGUGUGUGUGUGUGUGUGUGUGUGUGUGUGUGUGUGUGUGUGUGUGUGUGUGUGUGUGUGUGUGUGUGUGUGUGUGUGUGUGUGUGUCCUGUGCUGGUGAAUUGAGGGGUGGGGGUUGGUGAGGCUUUUUUAAUUUUUUUAUUCUCUCUCUCUCUCUCUCUCUCUCUCUCUCUCUCUCUCUCUCUCUCUCUCUCUCUCUCUCUCUCUCUCUCUCUCUCUCUCUCUCUCUCUCUCUCUCUCUCUCUCUCUCUCUCUCUCUCUGUUUCCCCUUACAGAUUUUUCCCAUAUCCUCUCCUCUCUUUUUUAGUGAUUCCUUUUUUAUGAGUUUUCUAACUUAUAAAACAAGGCUCAGUGAAGGAACACAUUAAAAAAACAUCCAAAUUUAGUGAGGUGUCUUGAAAGGGAAUACAGAAGCAACAAACUCAUGUAAGAAAAAAAAAAUAAUAAUGUAGAAAAAAUUGCAAGAAAACUAAGAACAAAAGAGAGAGAGAGAGAGAGAGAGAGAGAGAGAGAGAGAGAGAGAGAGAGAGAGAGAGAGAGAGAGAGAGAGAGAGAGAGAGAGAGUUCACCAGUAAAAGAGAUGAAAGAUUAAGAAUGCUGGUUAACUCUUGCACUAGGAAGGUGGACAGAAUAGGGAUGAGAGAAAGUGGAAAAUAUUGAAAAGGGAAAAUACAGAAGCAGGCAGGGGGGUCCAGAGUUCAAUAAAAGAGAUGAAAGAUUAAGAAUACUGGUUAACUCUUGCACUAGGGAGGUGGACAGGAUAGGGUACAGUCACCCAUCCAUGUCUGUACCAGUUCCCUGUAUUCCAAGAGGCUGUGUGUGUGAGGGUGACUGGGGGAAACAGGCAGGGGUGUUCUAUACAGGCACUGCCAUGUGUGGGCCUGGUGGCUUCCUGCAGCUUCCCUUAUUUGGUGUAUUGAUGUUACAAGGGAGUGUGUGAGAGACUGUUGUGUUAUUCAGACCUUUAUUAUUUUCCUACAGUUGUCAAUAUUUACAAGACGCUGAAAAAAUGAAAUAAAUAAUAAUAAUGUAUGAGA